UACCGAGAUUAUCUCCUUCCCUUCGCUUCCCUCCCUCAUCUCAAACCUCUCAAAAGCCCAAAACCCUAAAAUCUGCAACCCUAACCCUAGAAAUUCUCCAUUCCAAAUGCCGUAAUCCAUCCCAAAUGCCCAGUAUGAGGAUUUCUCUUGGCAAUCUCUCCUCUCCAGCUUCCCGUUUUCCUCUUCUUCUCCCCGGAGAACCGCCUUUCAGAGCCCCGUAUCUACCUCCAUUGAGGGCGGCUGUGGAGCGAGUGAGAAUGGUGAAGAUGGCGGCAGCUGGGGAGAGGAGAAGGGCGGGUUAUGUGUCGGUUGUGGAGCGGGCGCUGGCUGCGGAAGAGGAGUAUCGGCGGGCAAGAGCGGAGGUGCAGCGCAAGGGGGUUGAGGUUGAGGGGUAUGGCAUUGAAGGGAUCUCGAUUGGUGGGCAUGAGACGUGCGUUAUCGUGCCGAGUCUCAAUGUCGCGUUCGAUAUCGGGAGGUGCCCAGCCCGCGCUGUUCACCAAGAUUUCCUUUUCAUUACUCACGCGCAUCUUGAUCACAUUGGGGGGCUUCCAAUGUAUGUGGCAACUCGUGGUCUUUACAGCUUAAAACCUCCUACAAUUUUCUUGCCAUCAUGCAUCAAAGAAGAUGUGGAAAAAUUAUUUGAUAUUCACCGGUCCAUGAGUCAGACAGAACUCAACCUUGAAAUAGUUGCUCUUGAUAUAGGAGACACUUACGAAAUACGUAAUAACCUUGUUGUCAGGCCAUUUAAGACGCACCAUGUUAUACCUAGCCAGGGAUAUGUCAUUUACUCCAUGAGGAACAAACUCAAAAAGCAGUAUGCACAUUUGAAGGGCCCUCAACUAAAAAAUUUGAAGGUUUCCGGUAUUCAGAUUACCGACACCAUAUUGUCUCCAGAGGUUGCCUUCACAGGAGAUACAACUUCUGAUUUCAUACUUGAGCCACGAAAUGCCGAUGCUUUGAGAGCGAAAGUUCUUAUUACAGAGGCAACUUUUCUUGAUGAAGAGAACGAUGUCGAACACGCAAGGCAACAUGGUCACAUGCACUUAUCAGAGAUUAUAGCUAACGCACAAUGGUUUCGGAACAAGGCUAUUCUACUAACCCACUUCUCAUCCCGCUACAAGAUUGAGGAUAUCCGCCAAGCGAUAGCAAAGUUGCAGCCAAAACUGUCACCAAAGAUUGUCGCCCUUACUGAAGGCUUUAGAUCAGCCUACCCUCAGUGAUUCUAUGAAUAGUUAUGUUAUAUCAAUUAUGAUAAAACACAACAAUGAAGAAAUCAUCGAUUGUAAACCGAUUUCUGGUUAUAAGAGCUAUCACAAACAUCGGUGUCAAGUCAGGGAGCAAGACCUAGGUGAGUGGUUACUUAUGUGUAUGUUCAUCAUCCAAGGUCUCAUAUGAAGCAUUAUAAAUGUGUGAAAAUUCCUUGAUUCAUGUACUUAGCUGGUUUAUCUCGAAAUUUUUGUCGAUAAUCUUACAGUUAUGUUUAGAAUUUACACAAACAUAACUUAAAAUCAAAGAUGAAUUUUGUUGAUAUUUUGUA